AUGUUUCCAACGGUGGACACUGAGGAUAUUUCUAGGAGCACGUCAUUAGAACCAGAACAGAGUUUUACUAGCGAUGAACAAGAUUCUGGUGAUAGUUCACCAGUGGCAAAACAAAACAAUAACAACUUAACUUUGAACAUGCUUAUCAAAGAAACAAUAUUUUGUAUAGCAUUAGCUGUUACUACCUAUGGAGCUUUGCAUAAUAUACCAGCAAGUACAUCUAAAGUUCCUCAUGCUGUGAGAUUUUUUAAUACAAAUUUAGUAAAAGAUUGGUAUAAAGGCCAAUUAAGUAAUGCUUUAGCAUUAAUUAACAAGCAAGAUAUAUCCUUUGUUAUGUACUAUGCACCUUGGGAUGCAGAGUCACAGUAUGUCCGAGGGGAGUUUGAAGCAGCAGCUGGUGUAUUAAAUGACAGAGUUCACUUUAGCGCUAUAAACUGUUGGAAUCCAGGCAGUGAGUGUAGAUUGCAGCAUAAUAAAAUUCCAUCAUGGCCGAUAUUAAUGGUGUACACUGUAACAUCAAGGGGCAUAUUAUAUAAAGGACCAAGAAAUGCAGAAAGCAUGGUUAACUUUUUAGAAUUAAUAAUGAAACCAUUACAAAGGGUUUCGUCUACAGAAGAUUUGGUUAAUUUGCUUUCCAUGUGUGAUGCUGUUGCAGUUGGUUAUACACCUGUAUCAUACACAUCAAAAUAUUAUAACAUAUGGUAUAAUACAGCAAUAAAAACUAAAGAGUUUGACACAAUCGGGGAAGUAUGUUUUGCGGUUGUCACUUCUACAGAACUAGCUGUGGAUCUAGGAAUUGAUAGUGUGCCAAAUGCUAGGUUUAUGUUAUGGAAUGACACUAAGGACUACACACCUGAUGGUGAGAAUCAAGCCUGGAACGAGUCAUCGCUUGUUCCAUGGAUAUUGGAAAAUUUCGUGCAACCGGUCUCCAGAAUUAUUCCAAUGUGGAGAAAAGGUUUCAACUUCGAACGAUUCGCUGAUGGCAGUCCAAUGUUGAUAUUAUUUACGCCUAUGAAUCCACUCUACGAACAGUUACCUUCAUAUGCAUUGAUGCGGGAAGUAGCCAUGGAAUAUUACAAUUGCAAAAACAACGAAACAAACCAAUGGACAAUGGAACUAAUGAAAUUGCAACAAAUUCAAAGACUCCUAUAUCAGCAGAAGAAUUUCCUAAAAUUCUGCCAAGAACACAAAUUUAAACCCAUAAAAAAGUUACAUUCAAAAUACAAGAAAGUAGUUUCGCACAACAAUAAGUAUCCUUGGAACAAUGUGACCGAGAAGAAUCAGAAGAACAGUGCUAUUAAUAUGAUAAAGCAAGGUUUGGCGGUUUCGAAGAUAAUAGGUAGUGCGAAUGAGAAUGAGUUUAUGCCAAAUGAUUUCAUUCAAGCCUGUGGAUUGGAGUCAUUAGCCGCUGAGAAAAAUUACGAAAAUUAUGAGCAAUGUUUGACGUUUGAGGAGCACUUAGAAGAUUUUGAACAGGAGGAAAUCGAGAUGACAAUCCUUUCUUCGGAAGACGAUCCUCUAUCACCUGAAAAUUUAGUACAAGAGAACGUAAAGCAUGCUUGUAACAUAUUGCGAUUCGCAAAUAAAUUAUUCCCAGCAGUGACCCCGGGAAAGGUGGAUGGGAACAUCAGUCACAUACACGGCUGGGCGUGUCAAACGAACCUCACUAUGAACAUUUUAGCAGUGGAUAGCUUAAGGAAUUAUCACUUUGCUGAAGCUCUCGGCAUUGAUUUGAAAAAUAAGAAAGAUAUGACAGCGGUUGUCAUAUUAGACAGCAAGCACGAGAGCCAAUAUGUACUAUCGGGAGAGUACAACGCGAAGUCCGUGCGAGAGUUCAUAGCUAACUUCACUCGGAAGCAACUAAAACGUACGCUGCGCACGCACGUUGAGGAUGCUGCGCAUACGCACUAUUUUGGCUCAAACGGCUCUGCAUCUAAAGAAAAAGAUUUCGAUAUUAUUAAUCUUACAACAAGGAGUUUUAGGAGAACUAUUCGAACGCCUGGAGUGCUUUCACUAGUGGCGGUUUGCGGCGGGGCCUGUAGUGGUCAUACAACAAGAGCGCUUUCUGAAGCGGCUCGACUUUUGAACGAAUGCGGGGUGCGGACUCAAGCGGCGCGCAUAGAUGCGUUAAGGCAUGACUUGCCGUGGCAUUAUACACCCAGCGCAUAUCCUACAAUUCUAGUCUUUUCACCAUAUCGUAACGGCGAGGACAGCCGCGCCUAUCCACGUGACGUGCGAAUUUCAUCAAGUGGACUUGUAGCUUUGUCUUUACGUGCGCUUCCCACUCCAUUGCAUUUACGCGUGCGCCUCGUUUUGUGCGCACGAAUUCGGGCCAUCACAGAGAAGAAAGACUGCUUAAAGGAUAUGAGGGAGAAUGUUGUAUCCGUAAUUGGUAGAAACUUAAAAUAUUGGCGGCAAACCCAAAUUCAUGAGCUAAAAAAAUCCCUACUUAAAAGACUACAAAAUCUUAACCAAGCUUAUUUAUUUUUAUCUUUAUUACAUACAAGUGAUCUCAAAGAGAAUAAUUGUAAAAGAAAUUUUGCUUUAAAAUCAUUUGACGAUCUGUCUACAAAUUGGUACAUAGACACAUCGUCAAUAUUAAGGAAAAAUGGUUCACUUUCACCAAUAAUUAGAUGA